CUAUAUAAUAACACCAUCAAAAGCUCGAGUUUUUGGGUUUAUGUAAAGUGUUUAACCGAGGGAGUUGCGGGUGGUGUUGGGGUGAGCAAAUUUUGCAGGGGGAAAGAGGGGCAAGCGAAUCCGGAGCUUUUGGAUUUUGAAGCUCUAAUUGAAGGGUUCGACUUGGCCGCUCCGCUCGACUUGAAGAAGAUUUUUAUUGUUACUGACAACUCUUUGCUUUAUCAAUUUGUGAGUAAACAAACACUACUUGUAACAAGUUUUUGUGUGACGAAUUUGUUUUCGUGUGAUGUGGUUUUUUCUUUCUUUUUUUUUUUUCGGCAUAUUUUUGUGCGGCGUGGUUUCAGCUUGAACCUUU